AUGUCCGACGAAACCGAAGACAAUAAAUUUCAUUUGAAUGCAUCCUUUGAUUCUAAACGUAUAUUAAAUAAUAAUUCGAGAGAUGUCGAUGGCAAUUUAAGAGAAUCACGAUUAUCAAGUGCUGCUUCAAAGAAGAAUCAAGAACAAAUAUCUAAUUCUAUUGUUCAUUUUCGAGUUGAUCAAUUCUCAAAUGAAACACAAAGAAGAUCUCCUGUUCUUUCUCAAUAUGAAUCUAAUCAACUUAAUAAUGAUAAAUCAUCGAAAAAUUCUGCUGAUAUUUCUGCAAACGAUGAAAAUGGUGAAGAUUUCCCUAUAAAAGGCAGAAAUUCAUAUCAUCUUAAUGAUCAUCAUAAUAGUUCUUCUAUCAUGUUCAACGAACAAGAAGAUUCUAAUAGUAAAACUUUUGCAAAGCCGCAAAUUGAUAAUUCAAAUGAAACUCAUCGUUAUUGUCAAUAUUCGACAGAAAAGAAAUGGCUAGAUCUACAAUGGCAAGAAAAUGAUACGAUGCCAAUUUCGGAAGACUUUGAAACGAUGUCAAUAAAAAAACCUGAUGAAUUAAAAAUGGAAGCCCCAUCUGGUCCAAUCGACGAAACCGUUUUAGAUCGUAUCCAAGGCUCUAUCAUCGGAAUGGCAUUAGGAGAUGCUCUUGGAGCACAUGUCGAAUUUAGACCUCACGCAUAUAUGAAAGCUAAUCCAGUUACACAGCUGACAGGAGGAGGAACUUGGAGCCUCCUAACAGGACAAUUCACUGAUGAUACUUCAAUGGCCCUCUGCUUAGCUAAUUCAUUAUUGGCUCGUCGCGAUUUCAUUCCCUAUGAUCAAUUAGUUCGCUAUAAAUGGUGGUACAGAUUCGGAUAUAUGUCAUCGACUGGGCAAUGUUUCGACAUAGGUGCAGCUACUAGUCAAUCAUUGCGUGAAUUUGAACGUCGUCAAAAGAAAUUUGCAAAGGAAAAAAGCAUUCCAUAUGAGCAAAUAGACAAGCUUUCAAAUUUGAACAUGCUUGAUGAAUUCGAUCCGUAUUGUAGCGAAAAUGACGUUGCAGGUAACGGAGCGUUGAUGCGACUAGCCCCAGUACCUCUUUUCUUCUUUCGAAAUAAAUACGCUGCAAUCGAAUUUUCGGGUCGAAGUGGGGAGAUCACUCAUGGUGACAAGCAGGCUUAUGAUGCUUGUCGAUUCUACGGCGCAUUAAUUGUAGCUGCGCUUCAUGGAUUUACAAAGAAACAAAUACUUGCUAAGAACUUUUAUUCUAAACAUAGACAUUGGUUCGGUGAAGAACCAUUACACCAAGAGAUUGAAAAGAUUGCUAAAGGAUCGUACAAAAGAACGCGUGGCUAUAACGGUGGUAUUCGAGGAAAAGGUUUUAUUGUCAAAGCCCUGGAAGCUGCUUUAUGGGCUUUUUGGUCUGAUGGUGAUUCGUUCGAAAAAGGUGCUCUUGCCGCUGUUAAUCUUGGUGAUGAUACAGAUACAACAGCUGCUAUUUAUGGACAAUUGGCUGGAGCUUAUUAUGGUUAUAAAAAUUUACCUGAACAUUGGAUUAAAGAUGUCUAUGCUCACGAAUUUCUGAAAACGUUAGGUCAAUGGAUUACAUAUGAAGGAGAACAAUGGGAAAUUGAAAUGAAAAAUUCUUCUACUAAUAAAUGA